AGAUUAGCGUGUGGUGGUAAUUCACUCGAAAGCUAUUCGCCAAUCGCCAUUAAAUGCAGAAGAAGAAGAAUUACGUCACUUCCUGUUAGCGCAAAGCGUGUGGCGUUCGAAAGGGUGACUUAGAGCUCCAGUCUAUGGGUAAAACUAACUAACUAACGUCUGUAAAUACGGAGAGGUUCCGUUUCCAUUGUGUUUUAUACAAUCACCACGCAUUGUCUGCUCAGAACAAUGGCAGCGGACAGAAAAACGGAGGACUUCCCCCACGAGAUCGAGGAGCAGCUCACAGGCUUCGACUCCUCGGUGUCUUCUGUUAAAGCCAUGCUGGACAAGUUGAUGUCGGUGCCCAGGAGCGACCUGCUGCAGAAGCUGGACCCUUUGGAUCAAGCCAAGCUGGAUCUGAUGUCAGCCUACACCCUUAAUUCGUUAUACUGGAUGUACCUGGUUACACGCGGAGUGAAUCCCAGAGAACAUGCAAUCAAACAGGAGUUGGAGCGCAUCAGGACGUACAUGAACAAAGUGAAGGAGAUCACGGACAGGAAGAAGGCGGCCCGUCUGGAUAAGGGCGCGGCCGGGCGCUUCCUGAGGAACGCGCUCUACGACCCCAACCAGAGGGAUUCCAGGAAGACGGCGGCGGGCGCAACGUGUGGCGCCACGCCGCCAAAGCGUCCGAAGCAGAAGUGAAGCGGACAACUGCUGCUUUUUACUUCUUAUUUUUUAUUAAAACUCUUUUUUUUUUUUGGGGACGAUACAAAACCGUUUUUUGCUCUCGAGGCAACAAACCGACUUCAGUGACUGAAUUACGUGAGACGAGUUAAAUAUUAAUAAUUACGACCGGAGCUUCAAUGUGGAUGUUCAGUCUUUCAUAUUGUGAAAAUCCCCUCAGGCUUCUGUCACGUGAAAUGUUUUCAUUAACAAAUGCGACAAAAGUAUUUAGUUCUGCACGUAUUCGUUUAAUAGUUUGGAUUCUCCUUUCAGAUGAAUGAGGAAUUUCUCCUUUUCCUAAAAGUGAUUCUAUGAAUCUUAUUUUUACACAUUUACUGAUAAACGUCAUCAUCAUAAAACUACUCCGCAAACA